AUGAAUCAAGGAACCAGGGAUUAUAUCCCCAUUGAAAACGGUUUUCAUUCACUUCAAGAUUGCGAAAUAGCAAAAGUACUGAUUACCAUAUCAUGCCAGUGGGAUCACCCAGACAGUACUCUCCCCUUCGCUGUUUGGAUGGCCUCCUCUGAAGUUGACCAAAAAUUUUUGGGCUUCUUCGCCGCUAGCACUGCUCGUGAAAAUGCCUACCUCUCUGGAAUGCUAUAUAAGCUCCUUGGCCUUUCGGUGAUUCUUUCCAAAAAGCUCAUCCGCGCUCGCAAGCUCCGCCGUCUUGACCCCACGAGAGAAACCAAAUCGCUGCAACUCUACCACCACAUAUUAUGGCUCUCCCGCGAAGGAUUAGUGAUCACAGAGCAAUAUGUUCUUCCCAUGGUCGAGGCAUAUGUCGAGCUCAAAGUGCUAGCCCACAAACUUAGAGCUUCUUUUUACCACAUUUUCGUCCUUUUCCAUAAUCAGCCAAGCAUCCAUCAGUCAGGCAUUCGAAGUCUUCCCCACUCAGGCUCUCAACUACAUCUCCCAAACGUGCCCUCUGGUGUGGAGAAUGGUAAUGGAGUUGGAAAAGGCUCCCCAAACGCAAAUCGGGAUUCCAUCACUGCUUCCCCACCGCCCAUGAUACCUGAGGGAGGUCCCGUUGGCGGCACACACCUGUAUCCACCGGGUCUACCAGCCGUUAGACCUACAAAAAUUGCAGCUUCCUUCAUCCUCCCAACUUUAGAUUAUACGCCGAUAGCCUCGUCUUGUUUCAAUGACGUAGCACAACUUGCAGACAGCCUCCUCCCAGGUUCCCACCCAGUUAGGCUUUCAGUUAAACUUGAAUAUGCGGCAUAUUUAUUCGACUGCCUUCAUGACUCUGACGGAUGUAGACGCCUGGCCAAACAAGCCAUUGCGGAUGUCUACAAUGCGCAGGAAGGCAUGGACGACGAGAGUUUUGAAGACGCUGCGGAGUUAGUAGGCAUCUUAGGCAAAAUGGUCAAACGAGGAGGCAAAACUAGUAGUGCCGGAGGAAGUAGCACACCGGGCGGCGGAAGUACCCCAGGUACUCAGCAAGACGGCAGUGGGACUGCUCGACAACGCCACCACAACCAACAACAAAAUCAACCGCGGACUCCGACUACACGAGGAACUCCUACUAAGGUCCUUACUUUGACAGCACAUUCUCCCGCAGUACCCCCUCCCACCAUGACGAAUCCGAUCUAA